UUUUAGCUUUUAGCUGUGCAGCUGUUCGACUGGGACAUGAGAAGAGAACAUUAAUGAUAAAUGUAACCCAUGGCAACAGUAUCUGAGCAGGUCUGUGCAGAUGAUGAAGAUGAAGAUCAGUGUGGAUCACAUGAGGCCAUGCUGUGGUCCAUCCAGGAGGCGCUGGAGAGGCAGACCCUGCAGAUAGGAGCUUCAGCCUGCGGAGCCACGGCGGUGUUGGACGUCCUGAAAGCUCUCGGCGUGGACGUAGCUGCAGAGGAAGCUGAUUACUGUGUCCGAACCUGCCUGAGGAGGAAUGAGUCCCCGCUGCCUGACUACCUGCUGUCUCGAAGCAAGGCUGGUGCAACUCACGGUCAGCUUAUCGCUGGAGCUCAGGAGGCCAGUGAUGGGAAGGUGACGGGACGAUUCUUCCACUUUUACCCCCGCCGACAGGUUCGAUUGGUCCCCUGGCUGGCUCGCUGGAUUAAAAAGGGCGCGGUACCUGUAGCAACCAUGAACAUGCAGGUGGCGGUACCAGAGGGAGAGGAGGUUCCUGAUGCCUGGCACCAUCAGCUCAUAUUUGGAGUUGGACAGAAUGCUGUUUUCAUGACCAACCCGUUAGAUGUCGUCAGUGAGGAAGACGUGCAUCAGCGACUCUGCAGCGAAUCUGUGCUGCUGAUUCGUCGAGAUGAUGUGCUGCAGCGACUAACGCCAGAGUGCUGUCUGUCCGGCCUGUCAGAGGACCAAUUUGACACUCGAUGGAAGAUCCUGGAUGUCGAGGGUCAGGUCAGGCAGAUGGUCAUGGAAGAGGAAGAUGAACAAGAUCAUCACAGGAUAACACACAUCACAAUCCCUGCAGCGUACAGUUCAGGCAUCACGCUGUUCACCCUGCAACACUCUGAAUUAGGACAGGAACUCCUCAACGCCCCUGAACUCCCUUUGUUGUGACGAGACUGCAACAUGGACUCAAAAGUCUAUGCUUUCAUAUUUAUUUAUUGCUGAAGGUAUAACUUCACUUUUUUAUCAACCUGAGUAAUAUUAAAACCUUGUUAGCAAU